AUGGUGGAUGCUCCGACUGGGUACCACGAUGAAGCUCCGGGGAGGAUGAAGGCGAUAUACACGGCGGGGUUAAUGGCGCGGAACAGGGAGGAGGGGGAGACGGAUGUUUUUGUGCACGACGUUAAUAGGGUGGUGGAAGAUGAGUUUUCGAAGGUGUUUCUGUGCGAAGGGUAUUUGAGCGAGGAAGAAGGGAGGCUGAGGCGUUUCACAAUACCAAGUCACAGGACUCGGUAUGGUAGACCGUUUUGCCCUCUUUAG